AUGGCUGACCAGUACCAAGAUUUUCCGGCGGUUGCAACCCACGGAGGGCAAUUUAUACAGUAUAAUAUUUUUGGGAACUGCUUUGAGAUCACCACCAAGUAUCGGCAUCCGAUCAUGCCUAUUGGGCGUGGGGCUUAUGGAAUCGUUUGCUCGGUUUUGAACUCGGAGAAUAAUGAGAUGGUGGCAAUUAAGAAAAUUGCGAAUGCUUUCGAUAAUUAUAUGGACGCAAAGCGGACCCUUCGUGAAAUCAAACUUCUUCGCCACCUGGAUCACGAUAAUGUUGUUGCUAUACGCGAUGUGAUUCCUCCUCCUUUACGGAGGGAAUUCAGUGAUGUCUAUAUUGCUACAGAACUCAUGGACACUGAUCUUCAUCAAAUAAUUCGAUCUAAUCAGAAUUUAUCAGAAGAACAUUCUCAAUAUUUUUUGUAUCAGAUACUUCGAGGGUUAAAGUACAUACAUUCUGCUAAUGUGAUCCAUAGAGAUUUGAAGCCCAGUAAUCUACUGUUGAAUGCUAAUUGUGAUCUUAAGAUUUGUGAUUUUGGUCUUGCCCGACCUACCGCAGAGAAUGAGUUCAUGACAGAGUACGUUGUGACCAGGUGGUACAGGGCACCUGAACUGUUGUUGAAUUCCUCAGAGUACACUGCGGCCAUAGACGUGUGGUCAGUUGGUUGCAUUUUUAUGGAGCUUAUGAACAGAAAGCCUUUGUUUGCUGGAAAUGAUCACGUGCAUCAAAUGCACCUAUUGAUAGAGCUUCUGGGAACACCUACUGACGCUGACCUUGAAUUCACCCGAAAUGAGGAUGCAAGAAAAUACAUCCGGCAACUUCCUCGACAUCCUCGUCAGCCUUUAGCAAAGGUCUUCCCACAUGUAAAUCCAUUGGCCAUUGACCUAAUCGAUAAAAUGCUGACAAUCAAUCCCAGGAAGAGAAUUACAGUGGAAGAAGCUUUGGAGCAUCCUUAUCUUGCAAAAUUACAUGAUAUAGCUGAUGAGCCAGUAUGCCCCGAGCCAUUCUCCUUCGAUUUUGAGAAGCAAAUCUUGUCUGAAGAGCAAAUUAAGGAAAUGAUUUACCAGGAGGCCUUGACAUUAAACCCUGAGUACGCAUAG